CAGCAUGGCUCGGUUCUUUGUUGCCGUAGACAAAUAUGACGCAUUUGAAGGGGAGAUUAUAAAAAAAUUUUAAUAAUUCUAUGUAAAAUAACUAAAAUUAGUAUCGUUUAGUGAAAUAUUGUGAUUGAACAACAAUAUUUUGUCGGCCGUCAGAUAAAUAACGAAGUUUUACGGUAAACCAUCAAAGAAAUCUGGUACAAUUUUGGAUUUUGAGUGUGAAAGUGAAAAGGAAGCGAAUUGCAAAAAAAAAAACGAAUGAAGAGGGAGUAGUAAAUUCAUACAAAAAAAGCAACAACAACAGAACAUCAUAACCAACAAACACGAACAGCAGCCAGCCAGCCAUCAAGUCAAUAAUAUAUCUGUGUGUGUGUACGUCGGUCGGUCGUAUUGGACAAAGGUUUUGUGGGAAAGGGCAAGGAGUUGGAGGAAUUAAAAGAAUCAGCAUAGGAACAGCUUCUAAGUGUUGUAAUUGUUAUCUCUCAUUGACAUGGAUCAAAGUUAAAAUUAUUGUUUUGGAGGCAGAAUUUUACAUCAUCAAAGUCUUGUCUUCCCCGCGUCUCUCUCAUUUCAUUGAUGUUAUCUAAAGUAUUUGGCAUAUCAAAACUAAGACGGAACGAUAAAAACUUUUUGCUCCACGCAACAUAUUACCGGUUGUCUAACGCCCUCAAGCCCUGACCACUGAGAGAAUCACCUUCACAUUUACAAAGCGAAGAGAAGAGAGGAGAGGAGUACGAGAAGCAACAACAACAAAAGAUAUGAACAAGUGAUUUUCUUAUCAAUUCCAAAGUCACAAAAUAAGGCCCCAAAUCAAAUCCCAAAAUAAGUAACAAGAAAACGAAACGGAAGCAUUUGAAACCCACCCGCCCUCGAACAAACUACAAGUCUACAUUGUUUACUGGUUGCACAUGCGGGAAAGGAAUACUGUUGAUAAACAAAUUCAAUGCAUUUGUAUGCUAAUUCGCUUAUUAACAUUAACUAAAGGCAUUUAACGAAUAUCGCGACGUAGACAAAGAUACCGCAUACUCAUCAUUCUUUAGUCUUCCCGAUCCUCUUUGGAUAUUAAUAAGCAAAAUUUAACAUACGAUUUGAUAGCAGUAUUCCAGAGCAGACAGUAAUUAUUCCAGCCGCUGUGUUAAACGCAUAACAGCAAAUAUUAUUUAAUAGCCACCCUCCCACCAGCAGCAGCAGUAAUCUUACCCGUCUCUUAACACACUCACCAACCACCACCAUCAUCAUCAUAAUCGUCAUUACAAACAUGUCUCGUGGUUUUGAUCACUUAUUCAAACUUUUAAUUAUCGGCGAUAGUGGUGUUGGUAAAUCUUCACUACUGAUCCGAUUUUCCGAUGACACAUUUUCGGGAAGCUAUAUAACAACAAUCGGUGUGGACUUUAAGAUACGCACAGUGGUGAUCGAUGGCAAACGUGUUAAAUUGCAAAUUUGGGACACAGCCGGCCAAGAGAGAUUUCGAACAAUUACAAGCACCUACUAUCGUGGAACGCAUGGCGUUAUUGUUGUAUACGAUGUAACAAAUGGUGAAUCAUUUGCGAAUGUACGCCGAUGGUUGGAUGAAAUUCAAAAUAAUUGUGAUGUUGUAAACAAAGUAUUAGUUGGCAAUAAAAACGACGAUCCCGAACGAAAAGUUGUCAUUACCGAAGAUGCGCAACGUUUUGCACAACAAAUGGAUAUUGAACUAUUCGAAACAUCCGCCAAAGAAAAUAUCAAAGUUGAGGAAAUGUUCCUUUCAAUAACGAGACAAGUCCUUCAGCACAAGUUGCGCACCGCACAAAAUGAACAGCAAAAAGAUACCAUCAAUUUAAAGAAAUCCAAUAAACCCAAAAAGACUAGAUGUUGUAGUUGAAAACGGAAGACAAUUGUAUUUUCACGUAGACCACCACAACCACCACUACCGCCGUUGCCGUUGUCGCUUUCAUUCUAUUUUCCAUCAUUAACAUGUUCAUCUUUCCAAGAGAUGCAGCAAAAACAAUGCGAACAAACAUAAUUGGGAAUAAAUUAAACUAAGAAAGAAUGUAAAAAGGAUUAUUUUGUAUAAAAAAUAUGAUAACUUUUAUAAGACAGAAAAACACACAAAACAAAACGAAAUCGUAAUAAUAACGUAACGUAGGAACACCUCAAAACUCCCAACUGGUGCAUGUAAUAAUCGAAUAUACAUAUGUAUUUAGAGUUUAGAACAGAGCCCGUUUUUUAAAUUGAUAUUAAAAUGCGCAUUCAAUGUCGUGAAAAAUAAAAGGGUUUCUUUGCAGUCAUAGCUGGAACUGGAUUGGAUUGAAAGACAUAUUUGUUUUUCAUUUAAAUUUGGCCAUUGGUCAAAAUGUAUGUUAGAUUUGUUUCAUUUUCUUUUUUCCACAGUUAUUUUGUUUAUAACUCUUCUGUUGAAAUGUGUUUUUUUUUUUUCAUUUCCUUCACCACGUUCUGUCUGUCUUCAGCAUUUUUAAAUGGCGUUCAAUUGAUUGAAACUCCUUUGAAUUGCAUUUCCAAGUGCUGAAAUGUUAGCCUAUACCACUUCUCUUAUUAUUUUCCCCGCCCUUGGUUUCAUCUACCCAAUGUAAUAAUGUAAGUGAAACAUCGUCUUACCAACAAUUAUGUCUCUGUCAUAAUAUAAAACGGAAGAACAACCAACAAAAACACUCCCACACUAUUAUUUUUAAUAUAUAUAUUAUUUAGAUUGAAUCAUAAAUUAGCAAUUAUAUUAAAUGGCUAAACUAUAUAAAUUUUAUUUCAAACUCUAUUCAACUCUAUAUUAUAUAAAAGCCUAUUUAUAUGAUCUGAUCGAUUUAUAAACAAAUGAUAAAUGCCCCACAUAUAAUUAUAAAAAGGAAAAUAAAGUAUAAAAAUUUUAAACUAU